AUGGCAAUUUUUGGCAAAUUGAGGAGGAAGAAGGUGAUUCCCUUGGAACAGCCCGUUGGGAAAGAUCAAACCGAAGAUAUUCCUCCAAAUACAACUGUUGCAGAACAACCCCGCUCAAUGCUGCCUGCGCCGUUGUCAGAGAAGCAGGAACAACCGAAGCCGCUUCAGUCGCAGUCAACCCCCAGGUCGCGGCAGCCAAAUGGACAUCCAACGGACGGAGCUGAGGUCCCUGGCAACAACGGCUUCAAUAUUGUCGCAAAGCCUAUGGAAAUGCCUGUGGACGAUGAAUAUACACAAGCCUUACUCGACGCCCACAACAUGGUGAAGGAGCUGGCUAAAGCACAGAUGAGACCCAUCGACGGCAGCCUAGGCAUAGCUGAUGUUCUGAAAAAUUUAAACGAAGCCCCGAGCAGCAGGAAGGACAAGGUUUGGAACGGCUUUCAACACGUAUUGGGUGCAAUUCAGAAAAUCGGUGGUGCUGCUGCGAGUGUAGCAUCGAAGGUUUUUGCACCUGCUGCGGACUGCUACAAUGUCGUUAAUUUUGUCAUUGACACUUUCAAGGGCUAUCAGGGUGCAUUCGAUGCCUUGGAUAACCUUUUCGAUCAGUGCGCGGAUUACCUAACCCGCUUAGAUUACUACGAAGGACGAAUGGACAAGAACUUGAGCAACUUGUGUGCUCAGUUGCUCAAAUUAUUUGUCCAAGUAUGCAAGAGAGCUUUAGACUUGAAAGGAUCUAUCGGAGGAAAAUUGAAAUUGUUUGGUCGCGUCAUGUUCCUGAACGACAACGGCAUCAGCUCACUACUGAACGAAAUGGACAAACUGACCAACAAAGAGAAGCUGUUGGUCUUGGCCCAAACAUUUAAGAAUGCACAUGAUGGAUAUCGUGCGACCAUGAGGGUGGAGGGCCUUGUCUCUGAGAGGCACGCCUUGGACAUGGAGGUAAAUAGAGAAAAAGUGAUCAUUAAAGCAUUAGCGCUUGCGUGUGAGCCGACGCCUACCUGGCGCUCCAGGUAUCGGGAAUUAUUGAAUCAGCGACUACCAGACACGGGCCAGUGGAUCAUGACUGAGCCAGUCUUUACCAAUUGGGAAAACGGUCAAUCCCAAGCUAAUAUCCUAGCGAUCGAGGGUGGCAGUGGCUCUGGUAAGAGCUUUCUUGCCUCGGCAAUCAUCCAUCAUCUUCACAGGAAAUCUGCAAAGGAGACAGGUCACCGAGUCUCCACGGCAUAUUAUUUCUUCGAGGGGACUGGGCGACAAGCUGUGAAGAAUGCUAUGAAUCUCGAGACCCCGGCAAAGUCCAUUGUGUGGCAGUUCACCCAGAUGGAGAGGCUCUAUAAGAAGUCCGUCGCGAGGAUAUAUCUGCAUGAAAUGAACGUCCAGUUCUACAUUGUUAUCGACGGCCUGACAGGUGAGAUGGGAGAAGGCAUGCUACGGUUUUUAAGACGCGCGUCCGCCCUGCAGCCGGGUCGACGUGUCCUUAUACUCCUGACUGUCGACGCACAAUGUUCCCAGCAUCUGGCUAAUAUCGAGGGCAUCUCCUUCGAUUCCAUUCCCAUCAGCCCAAAAAAUCGGCCGGACGUGGAAACCCUUAUCCGGUGGAGAAUGGAUUCCAUGCCAGCAUUCAGGGAUGCAACACGCCCCCAAACAUCACAGCUACGGAAGAAAGUCUGCGACGAGCUCUAUCAGGCAACCGAGGGUGAUUACUUUAAGAUCAAUCUUGCUCUUGAUGAUAUCAGCAAGCGGGAAUACAAAUCCGAGAUCGAGCAUGCCCUGACGAAUGCACGCAAGGGACGCACGACGCAAGUUAGAAACGAAAUCGAAGUACUCAAUAAACACUGCUCCGAAACAGAAAUCUUAGAGAUCAACGAGAUUAUUCUUUGGAUUCAACGCUACAGGGAGCCUCUGACAGUGAAAGCGAUGACGGCAGCUUUAUAUGCGAAGGUUGGGGAAUUGUCCCUCCUAACGCUACCAGAUAAGAUCAAGUACAAAUACACACUGUUCAAGAUCACAAAGGGCGAAGUUCAAUUCCGGGCUGACGAAGUUGGUGACACCAUCCCAAUGAAGUGCCGUUCCCAAAGCAAGGCGGAGGAAGCGGAGGAUGAGCAGCUACAGAGCGCAGGGGCAGAGACGUAUAACAAAUUAGAAAUCGACCGAUUUUUCGAACAGGAAAAGCAGAUUCGGGAUAAAGAACUGAUAUACAAGGAUGAUCCCAACACCGAGGAGGCGAAGAUGGCGCUCAGUUGCCUACGCCUUCUCGCGGAAGGGGUAGACCAACAAAGCGAUCUUGUAUCGUACGCGAGAAGCAAUCUCGUAGAACACCUCUCCGCUGUCAACUUAUCCCUGGUUCAGGUUGAUUACAAGACCACGUUUGGGCCCUACCUUGUUAGUCUCUUUAGUGUUGACUCUUCAAUCGAUACCCUGCUCAACAAUAACGGCUUAUCCGGCCCCUCACCCGAUGAACGGCGAAGAGUCCGUCAACUAUUGUUGAACGACGCCAGUAUGGAUAUCAUCCUUCAGUGGCUCAAUGACGAGGCGGUAAUUUUGAAUGUCAACGAUGAAGCUCGUGGGUGGAUCACCGGUCCAGUUCGUACUGAAGGUCACCGAGCCUUGCUGAUGCCAGCUGCGAUGCGAAUGGCGAGGCAUCUGGUGCACGAGCCACACUUUGUACCGUUCAUAAAACAUGCUUUUGAAUUUCUUGCGGGCUUCCUCGAUAAGUAUGAGAAUCCUAGCGAACAAGAAAAGCUCGAAUCCAUUAGCAGAAUUGUAAGUGUUGAGAGGUGGUGCGAGAAAGUACUUAAAGGGCCGAAGAACGCUUUGUGGCACACACAAAUAGGCAUUCUUUUAAGCAGUCAUGGUCACAAAGAGUUGGCGGAAGCCCGAGCACGACAAGCCUUGGCACUCAACGGAGCGGACUGGCAAGCCUCUACCCUUCUGGCCGAAGUAGUCGGGGGCAGUCAAGGAAUCGAGACUUUGAAGCCUGCCAUAGAGCGCCUUGUGUCAAGCGGCGAAUGGAAGCAAAGCGCUCUGGAGCGGGUGGGACUCGCUAAGAUGCUGUUUAUCACCGCAGAGCUCAGCUGGAAGGAAGGGCAAGCCGAUAUGGCUAUCAGGUACUGGUCACGGGCGGUAGACACUGAUCUCACUGAUAUUGUUCGCGUUAUCCGGUGUUUAGAGUCGUACGCCCAGGGUAAGCGCUGGGUGGAACUUAUUGCGAUUCUGCGAAAGAUCGACGAGGGAUCAACGGAACAGCAGGGCUUGUCUGAUUUGAUAGCCGCAAGAAGGUUCCCCCAUGAUAUGUUUUUGCAAGCGGCUCUUCAUACCAGGGAGCUCGCAUUUGCUGUCGGCGCCUACGAGCGAUCCGUUCAGCUGGUUGAAGAGCGUGGAGGGCACGCUACAUUAAGCCUUCUCCGGUACCGCUUUGGGCGGACGAUCAAGGCACAACAGGACGGCUUGUCCAGAGCGAUCAAGCAGUGGCGUCAGGCCCUCGAUGGCGCAGACCCAUCUGACAUGUCAACAUUGAUCAGUUGUAUAGCGCCGAAUUACGUGCAAAAAGCCAUUGCGGCAGGCCCCAAUCAUGAAGCCGUCUCAGCUUAUCUUGAAAAGAUUGAAGCGCUUCUCCCCGAGGACGUACCUGAAGCCGAGGUCAGUCUCCCGCCUCGGGUAUAUAUUGCACGGUACUACAAGAAGCAAGGCAAUCCGACCGAGGCGAAGCGGAUCGCUCGAAACGUCGUGCAGCUAAGCCUUGAAAUCCUCUCCGACGAUGAUGAAGGAAACGACCUACCCGCAUACAACCAGCUUCUGUCGAUAUUCAUCGCUUUUGGUGAUAUCAAGAACAUACUAGCAACGCGUGCCCUUGUAGCGUUACAUUUUAUGGAACAGAAAAUCGCUUGCGAUGGCGACUGUAACCGCGUCAUGGAUAUAACCGAGGAAAUACAAUGGUGCCAGGAUUGCAUCCUUGUCCAUUUGGAUGAAGAGUGCCGCCGAAAACUUGAGCAAAAUCGUCUCCCAUACUCUACUUGUAAUGCGUCACAUGAUUUACUUCGAAUUCCGCGAAUGGAAGAGUCCUUAGGUAACCUGCCGGAGGACAGUGUACCAUUCGGAGAUGACUGGGUCUCGUUUACGGAUUGGUUGGGGCACAUUGAAAAGGAUUAUGUUAGCUUUGAAUGAGCAUACGCAGAAAGCAGGACCAAGAAUAAAGUCAG